CAUCUGCACAGCAUCGCCUCGGAGCGUCGAGGAGAUCUGGGUCCCGUUCCUCUGAGAACCGACGUACCGCUCGGCUCACUGUUGUCAACCUGAAGGGGGGUUUGGGUGUUUGGUUCCUGGAAAAGAUCUGAAUCGUGUUAUAAUCAGAGCCAGCUGCAGCCGAGUGUAAGCCGAGUCGCUUGAGUGUGUGUACGCGCACGCGUAUUUGUGUUCAUUGGUUUGAGGUCGGGGAGAGAGGGUAUCGGUUCGCUACCCAUUCCGAAAGUAAAGAAAAAAAAAAAGAAGAAGGAAAAAAAAACGAAAGCUUGGACUUUAUUUUUUCCUUCCUUUGACAUUUGUAGGCAUGGAGGCAGAGGCGUGUGUUUCAUACAGCGACAUGACAUCCAUGGAUCCGUAUUACAGCUCCUCCGCAACGCAAGGUAGGGAGCACCAAGGCAACGCGUUCAGGACGUCCCAAACGGGGGACAGCAAAGCCUUCAGCCCGGCGAUCUGGCCCCACAAAGGUCACGCGUACGGAGACAAGUCCCGCGGUCCGUUCCAACAGGAGGGCAUUCAUCAGUCAUUGGAUGCCAGUGUCGGGGAAGGCACCUUCAGCAAACACCACCUCUUCAUGCAGAGAUCUUAUUGCAAAACCCCCUCCGAGGAAGCCAAACUUCACCAGGGACACAACGGCGCGCUCAUCCACUGCUAUGGUAAAAGCAGCUCAGCCCUGACCGACUCCGACCUAGCGCCCACCUCUGACUCCCCGGGAAUGGACGGCGGCUACCUGAGCGCCAAGGACCAGGGCGGCCACAAGGGCCCGUCCGACAGGGCGGCGGGCGGCGGCGGCGACCCCGCCACCUCGCUGGACCUCAAGGGCGACGGGCCGGGGGACAGCAACAAGGGCAAGAAGAGGCGGAACCGCACCACCUUCACCAGCUACCAGCUGGAGGAGCUGGAGAAGGUGUUCCAGAAGACGCACUACCCGGACGUCUACGCCCGCGAGCAGCUGGCCCUGAGGACGGACCUGACGGAGGCCCGCGUGCAGGUGUGGUUCCAGAAUCGCAGAGCAAAGUGGAGGAAGAGGGAGCGCUUCGGUCAGAUGCAGCAGGUCCGAACCCACUUCUCCACAGCCUACGAGCUGCCCCUGCUGACACGCCCCGAGAGCUACGCACAGAUCCAGAACCCGUCCUGGAUCGGUGGCAGCAACAGCGCCGUGUCCCCGGUGCCCGGUUGCGUGGUGCCCUGCGACAACGUCAGCCCCUGCAUGACCCCCCACCCCCACUCGGCCAGCGGGGUGUCCGACUUCCUGGGCAUGUCCAACCCGGGGGGUCCGCACGUUGGCCAGGCGCACAUGGGCGGCCUGUUCGGGGGUCCCCCUCCGGGCAUGGGGGGCGGAGGCAUCAACGGGUACGACCACAACAUGGACCCCGACCGCAAAUCCUCAAGCAUCGCUGCCUUGCGCAUGAAGGCUAAAGAGCACAGCGCGGCUAUAUCCUGGGCUACAUGAUGGGCUGUAGGCCUGCCGUCUGCUGGGACUAGGGAUGGGGGGGGGGGACAGUGUCUACUUCAACUUGCCGCCAAGAGACUG